CAGCAGCUCCUCUGUGGCCGUUGAGUGUGGGAGAGACAGACCGAGAGAAAGAAGUUACCACAAGUCUCUUUAGGAAAAAUAAGGCUUUUUUGAUUAUUUUUAUUCAGUUUUAACCCUUUAGCUGUCUCGCUAUGUUUUAACUCUUCAUGUUCUGCCUAAGUGAGGACCGUGAGAGAGUUUCUCGGGGGGUGAACCGCUAGUCUGCCUGCUAGCUAGCUUAGCAAAACUUUGUGAAAAAAUGCCGCCUUUACCAUGCAGUGUGUGUCCUAUCCUGCUGCUGUGUCUCUGUACGCCUGUGGUGGCUGACAUUGGGGAAACUCUGCUCCUGGAAGGCUGGCAGGAUGUCUGGGUUUUCCGUUUUUUCCUCAACAUUCUGGGCUAUAGCACCAUCAUCAUCCCUGGAUAUCUCCUGAUUCGCUACUUCAAGAGGAUUAACUAUAUUGAGACAGGUCGAGGGGUCUGUUUUCCAAUUAUAAAAGCAUGUGUGUUUGGAAGUGACUCUAAAUCAACGCUGCUGGAUGAUGUACCUGAGACACCCAGAAACGAGUCCACUUCUUCAACACGACAAGCCGUCAAACUUAUUUUUUGUGCUGCAGGACUCCAGGGCUCGUACUUGACGUGGGGUGUGCUGCAGGAGCGAGUGAUGACUCGUUCCUACGGAGCCACUGAAAAUGGGGAAAACGGCGAGCGAUUCACAGACUCUCAGUUUCUGGUGUUUAUGAACCGCAUCCUGGCUCUUACAGUGUCCGGCCUUUGCUGCGUCCUAUUUAAACAGCCCAGGCACACGGCACCCAUGUACAAGUACUCGUUUGCCUCCAUCUCUAACAUCCUGAGCAGCUGGUGUCAGUAUGAAGCCCUCAAAUACAUCAGCUUCCCUACACAGGUGUUGGCUAAAGCCUCUAAAGUCAUUCCUGUAAUGCUGAUGGGUAAACUGGUGUCACACAAGAGCUAUGAAUACUGGGAAUAUUUUACAGCUGUGCUGAUCUCAGUGGGUGUGAGUAUGUUCCUUUUGUCGAGCUCAACCAGUACCAAGCACGCAACCAUCACGACUUUCUCCGGCAUUAUCAUACUGGCCGGCUACAUCAUGUUCGACAGCUUUACCUCCAACUGGCAGGACGAACUUUUCCGCCACAAGAUGUCCUCUGUGCAAAUGAUGUUUGGCGUUAACCUGUUCUCCUGCCUGCUAACGGUGGGCUCUCUUUUGGAGACGGGUGCUCUGUUCGACUCGCUGGCAUUCAUGAACCGCCACGGAGAAUUUGCAGCUCACGCCGCUCUGCUGUCACUCUGCUCCGCUUUCGGUCAGCUCUUCAUCUUCUACACCAUCGCACAGUUUGGAGCCGCGGUUUUCACCAUCAUUAUGACACUGCGCCAGGCCAUCGCUAUCCUGCUGUCCUGCCUCCUCUACGGCCAUGCUAUCUCAGCAACAGGAAGCUUUGGGCUGGCUGUGGUGUUCUUUGCACUCUUUCUCCGUGUCUAUGCACGCAGCCGAGUGAAAAAGAGCAGCAAGAGAGCAGCACAGGCUCCAUUACAGAAGGUCUAGAUGAAGGACAGUUAUAAACCAACCACGUUAUUUGUGGUUUUGCUUCCUCUAUUUUCUUGUGUGUGUGUGUGUGUGUGUGUGUGUGUGUGUGUGUUUCUUGGGUGCGUGUCUGGGUGUGUUUCACAGAUCUUUGUUUCUACUCUGUAUAUGAAAAAAGGUACCGAAAAGGGUAACAAUCGUUCUCUCUUUUCUUUUCUUUUUUUUUUUUUUUUUCUUUUUUUUUUUUUUUUGAAUAAAUGGAAGUCAGCAUUACUGACUAAAAGAAACAUUCAUCAUUUUUCAUGUGUUGGAAAUGUGUGUGUUUGAGGGUUCUGUUUUUGCUGAGCCAAUAUUUGGUCUUGGUGUGAUGAAAUUGGAUUUGUUCCAUUAGAUGUGUGAUAUUUCUGUCUGUCCUUGUUACUAAAUUAGCAUGAAUGCUUGCUUUUAGUAUUCUUAUUUAUAGUUUUUAACCUUAUGGACCACCAAACUGCCCAAGUCAUUUUUAACAUUUUCAGAAUUCAUUGUUUUUAAACUAUAAGCUAUUUGAGGUUGAUCAAACUUGUUUGCUUACAUACGAAAAUUCCUCAGUGUUUUUGAUGGGCAAUACAUUGGAUGCAUGGAGUCAAGGGGAUUAAAUUAAACCUUGUCACCUCC